UCGACGAAUUUCUUUUUAUCAUAUUUUUUUUAAGUUCGCUUUCAUAAUUAUGUCAUCCAUAUCAUAUAUUCUAUUAAUUACUAGUAUUAAAAUGGAGUAAACAAACUAUACAGAAUUCAGGGAAGAAAUAUGUUAAACACUUCUUUUAGUUCAAAUAAUGAAUUAACAUUUGAAUUUAACAGGUAGACUGUCAACAUGUCUGCAGUUAGAAGUAAUUUAUAUAUAGACGACCUAGUGAAUUUUGCUGAAGCAACGAUUUCAAAUGAAAAAAGUGAAAUAGCUGAAUUUUUUGCUCAUACUAACAUUUUGAUAACAGGAGGUACAGGUUUUCUAGGGAGCCUAGUCAUCGAAAAGUUGCUCAGAUGUUGUCCAGGUAUUACAAAAUUAUAUAUGAUAGUAAGACCAAAAAAAGGAAAAACUGCUUUAGAUCGAUAUAAAGAAGCUUUUGGAGAAGUUAUAUAUGAUAAGUUAAGACAUGAGCAACCGAAUUUUCUACAAAAAAUAGUAAUGUUAGAAGGUGAUGCAAUGGAAGAAGAUUACGGAUUGUCGCCAGAAAAUAAAAAUGCUUUAAUGGAUGUAAACAUUAUUUUUCACGUAGCUGCAAUUGUACGAUUUAAUGAAAAACUUCGAACUGCAGUCAAAAUUAAUGUUAAAAGCACAAAGUUCUUGUUAUCAUUCGCAAAAAAAUUACCAAAUUUGAAGGCUUUUGUAUACGUAUCAACUGCGUUUUCACAUUGUAUAGAUAAAAAUAUCGAUGAAAUACACUAUACAGAUAUCGAUGCAGAUAAAGUUCUGGCAUUAUUAGAUAUCUUGGAUGAUGAAAAAUUGGAUCAAAUAGAAUCUGUAUUGUGUAGUAAAUGGCCAAAUACAUAUAUAUUUACUAAGGCACUAGGAGAGAAUGUAGUAUUAAAAUACAGUAGUGAUCUUCCAGUUUGCAUUGUACGACCUAGCAUUGUUAUAGCAACUUUCAAAGAACCAAUUUCUGCAUGGAUAAAUAAUAUGAAUGGAGCUACAGGUGUAGUUCUGGGUUGUGGUACAGGUUUACUACGUUCAUUCCAUUGUAAAAAAGAAAAUGUAGCAGAUGUCAUACCAGCAGAUUAUGUCAUUUCCAACAUUGUUUCUUCUGCUUGGGAUGUUGCCAAGAGAAAAGCUGCAAUAAAACCAGACCAAGUUUCUAAUCUAACUAAUGAAGAAAAAAUACCUAUUUAUAAUUCGGUAUCUUCUUGUCAAAAUCCAAUUACUUGGGGUAAAUUUGUGGAAAAGAAUGUAAAGUAUGGAUUGGAAAUACCUAGUAUAAACUGUGUUUGGUAUUAUAUGCUGAUACUCAAUAGAUAUUUAUUUGUUCAUAAUGUCUGUGUUUUUUUGCUUCAUAAAAUACCAGCAGUUAUUGUUGAUACAUUAGUUUAUCUUGCUGGUCGGAAACCUACAUUAGUAGGUAUAUACAACAAGGUACAUAAAUUUACUGGUGUGAUACAUUACUUUUCAACAGGCGAGUGGAAUUUUAAAAAUGACAACGUUAUAAAACUUUGGAACAAAAUGAAUUCUGUUGAUAAAGAAAUUUUUUGUGUUAAUGUACAAAAUUUGGACUGGGAUGAAUAUUUCUAUCAAUAUGUAAGAGGUCUUCGUUUAUAUAUAUUAAAAGAUCCUAUGGACACACUACAAGCAAGUCAAAAGAGAAUUAGAAAGCUACGUGUAGCGCAUUACUUAAUUGUACUAAUAGUUAUACUAAUAACUUUAUGGAUAGCAAUAUCAUUUAUAAGUUUCCUUUGGUCAUUUUGUCCUUUAUCACGUUAAUAAUUAUAAUAGAAAUAUUAUAUUUUUUUUUAUUUAUAAUUGAAAAUAAUCUUGCCUUAUUAUCGUGCAUGCUCCAAACGGUUGUUCACAAAUGACUUGUUUCGUUAUAAGGACAAUAGAUGUCGCCACGAAGCUGUAUUAUUUUGAUUAAAAUAAAAUAUAUUUUUUUUAAAUAU